AUGCAACGGGAAGAUUGGACGCCUUCACAGGACCUUAAAGGCAGCUAUGAUGGCUCACUCAUCGAACAAUUAAUUGACUACUUGGACAGACUCAAAGCAGCCUACACGCUGGCAACUUCGCAAUUUGAAGAACUCACAUCUAAACAACAGAGGCCUAUAAGAAAAGACUUACCAACCCCGACCAGCUCAGUGCUUUUCCCUCCUCCCGCUAUGUCGAGGUCUUUAUUCGACCUGACCGCUACGAGGGAAGUAGCUGCAGGAAGCUGA